AUGAACGAAUCGGUCCCCGACGACCUGUUCCUGGAGCCCCCACCGGCCGAUGCGUGGUGCUUCGACCUGAUCAUGUUCUACAAGACCACGGCCGAGGACGACGAGCAGGCCAGGAACGUGCUGCUCCAGCUCGAGAGGUAAUCUUUGGCUUCUUUGGCAAAUUAUGCUAAUUAUUUGGGGCUGGCUAGUCUUUGGUGUGUACUGCAAUGUAUUUUGGGGUAAAAAUAGUACGAAAGGCGUGGUACUACAAUUUUGCAAAAUAUUUCAGUACUAUAUUGCGCUAGCUUGGUACUAAAUAUUUUUAUAUUAUGGUAGUUAAAGUUAACUUUUUCUAAAAAAGAACCAGAAUUAUAUUGUAGUAGACACGACUGAUCCCACUUCCUGAUGUAGCGAUUUCUGUUUUGGAAUUUGUUUAUUUUCAGCUACGCCAGAUUCAGCUUUGUCGUGAACGGAGUAAUUACUUGUUUACUGGCCUCGUUCGGCCUUCUUGGCAAUAGUAUGUUCGUAUAUCAAGUAAGCUUAAUCCUUCUUGUACUUGUUGUAAUUAUAGGCCGUCUGAUGACGGCUACUGUAGUUUUCGUGUUUGAUCUGUUACAGGAUUACUGUAAUUUUUACUUGAAUUUUUUUUGUUUUACUGCAACAUUGUUCAGUUACUGUAACUUUUUGUGGCGGGAUACUGUAUCUUUUAAUAUUUGUUGUCUUUUAAAGUUAUGUUAUGAUAUAUAUCUGUAAAUUCCCAUACAUGUCGCACUUUACUUGAAUCGACAUCCCCAAGGUACGAUCGUAUUUUCAGAUUCACAAGUCGAGGUACUUUUCUCGACGCCUGGCAUGUCACCUUACCAUGUUGUGUAUGUGGGACAUGGCCUUGUUGUUAUGUUGUCUAUUAACUUAUGGUAUCAUAUCACUUUACUACGGCAUCAUGCCGUUCGUGGGUAUUAUCGCGUAUCUCCUCUACUUCUUUCAACCUUUUGCCAGUUUCUGUGUUACUGGUACGAUAUGGCAGGUCCUAGCUAUCACGAUAGAAAGGUAUGUCAUACUUUGUUCUUUACAGUUUUAUUAGAAAUUACAGUUUGUUGUAGUUAUAGGUAUAUAAAAAAAUAAUGACAUAAAAAAGCUUUUCUAUGUAAUUUUUGACUUGAAAUAUGACGAAAUUGACUUAUGUAAAAUACCAUAUUAACUUGUUUUUGAAGUUAUAUUGUUGUAGGUACACAGCUGUGAGCAAGCCUUUGGAACAGCGAACGAGGAACGCUCAGUUCUCUGUUCGGUCGAUAUGUGCUGGAAUUGCCUUAGGGGCUUUCUUGUUAAACAUGGUAGUGGUACCGUUUGAGAGGGAACUGAAAGACUGUUAUGAGUUCACACCCUCAGGGUUCGAACUUCGAACCAUGAUAUCUACACUACCUUUAGUCAACAACCAGUACUAUGCCAUCUGUAAGUGUUUUGGGGAUUCUGAUGGUAUUACUCUGAUUUUAGACAGUAGAGAUUCUUUAUUACUGCGGCAUAUUUUAGUUAGAUGUUAAAAUACUACAUAUAUUACUAUACUAUGCGUGUCUACUGUAAUUCUUUAACUUUUAACAUUUUAUUUACAGUAGUGCACCUAAUCCCUGACAUUAUCUUCCGAGCCCCCCUCCCCAUCAUCGCCAUAGCUUGCCUUACCAUCCGAACCCUGCAGAUAUGUUCUCGUCGUACUGUAGGCUCCCAGACCAUCCAUGCCAGACGCAACAUACACUACAUGUUAACCCUUCUCAACAUCAAGUUCAUCAUGUGCAACACCCUCUACAUGGUGAAUACCGUACUUAUGGAGGUGAUGGGUUACGGAGGCAAGACCAGUAGCCAACAGACGGAGAUCGACAUCGAGCAGUACAUACGAUCAUUGUACCUGACCGACCUGUCCAACAUGUUGUUGGCGUUACACUCGGCCACAAACUGGUUAAUCUUCUACCAUUGGCCGCGAUUCAUGGGAGUAAGUGGGCUAAUCUAGUGAUGUUAUCUGCUGAUUAAGUAAUCAGCUUUUGGAAAUUAAUCGAAAUUUAAUUGGUUUUCAUUUCGAAAUUACUUUCAUAAUCAUUUUACUCUGCAUCUUGCAAUUACAUAGUCAUAUGUUUUACCAAAAAAAUCAUCUUUGGCAUUACUUCAGGUAUCUAGAUGGUAACUUAUCUUAAUAAUGAUAACAUUUCAGCACAAAAAGUACUCAAACAUCAAGAUAACCACGCUCAGUAACAGCAGUAAGACCGUGGCUAUCGACCAGGAGAUAGCCGAGUUGUUGUUGUCGAGGUUCUCAGCUCACAAGUACAAGAUCAGUACUGAAGUUUUGACCGUGGUAAGUUCUGACGUCACUGUAGAGGCCUUUCAGGUCCAUUUUUCAAAAGUUUAAUUUUAGCUUGAUUGUGAUGUUAUUAUGAACUUGAGCUUUGAUUAAAAUUGGAUUGGAUCAAAAAGUGUAGAAUCGUGUUUUAUAUUCAGAAUUGGCCUUAAAUUUUGCUUUUCUACGUAUUUUUUGACCAACACAUCAUAUUCUGAACGAUUAUGAUUAUAAAAUUGCAUUCUUCAAUAAGUCAUGGAUGUUAUCUUUAUAUGAUAUUGUUUUAGUUGUGCCGAGAGAACCCAACCAUUGCCAACGCCCUUCUGGGCUCGGAUUUGAACGAAGCCAAGAAUGUGAAAGGCAAGGAAGCCAUGGAGAAACACCAGCUUCAACAAGUACGACUUCAACGGCAUGGUGUUCUUCUGGCCAAUGCUAUAGGUAGGUACAAUAACAUCAAAAGCAUACAUGUUGUCAAUACAUACAUAUUACUAAUACAUAUAUAUGAUUAUUGUCAAUGUCUCCUUGCAUAAAGCCUUAAAUUUGUUUUAAGCUGAUAAAAAGGAGUCUUGAAUUGAUUUUAAACUCAAUUUUGGCAUUUCUUUGGUACUUGUGCUUACUUUCCGUCCAUUACCAUAUAGUUAUGUCUAGUAUUAAAGCCCGAAACAUAUAAAUAACUUGUCUAUUCAGUUAUCAUAAUUUGUUUACAGUACGCCACAGUGUAAUUGUGCAUACGUAACCAGAUUCCGUGUGAUAAUCACGAUCUGUUUGUAAAUACUAUGUCAUCGCUGUAAAUAUGCCCAUUUCCAGAAUGUCACCUUUGUAAAUAUUGUGAAAAGGUCACUUCCGAGAACGUUCCUAACGUCCUGAUUAUAGUCAAUUUCCUGCAUAUUCAGUAAUUACUUUUCAGAAGAGGUACUGUUUGCUCUGACAUCAAAGAACUUCUCCGUCAUCGAGUGGAAGGACCUGUGUAGACAGAUCGGCUACAGCCACUGGGAAGUCAACAACUACUGUGGGGCCGACCAGUGGAAGCUGGUGCGAGAUACGUUGAUGGCUUCGAUCAACAACCAUGCCACCAACCAGUAAGUCACCAUUUACAUUGUAUUAGAUUCCUUUUGUCAUUAUAUUGUACUAGUGUUCCUUUGUAAUUGUAUAGUAACAGCUUUCUUCGUCCUUAUAUUGUACUAGCUUUCUUAGAAUAGAGAUCUUAAAAGGCAUUAAGACUAAAGAGGUAUUUACGAAAGAGCGAAGAGGUUCUUUCUAGUAUAAGAUAGUACACGGAAUGAAUUUUUGACAAUGUAAAUUGAGAUGAAAGCCACAGUAAAAAGUAAAACAAUGAAACAUACUUACAACACUGCUUUUGAUGUCCUAAUACCUUAUCAUACCUUUUCAAAUCCUCACUAUCUUUUCACUAAUACUAUGGAAUAAGUAAUACUGUACUGUAAACAAUUUAAAAACACUUGAUUUCUGAUUCCUGCCACUAAUUAUAACGCCAUUAUCUCUUUCAAUGUCUAUCUCUUUCUAUUUCAAAGACAGAGACCUGUUCCAAUAAAACGUCGAUAUACAAAGAUAGUACGUCCUUCUGAAUGCAUUUGCUUAAACAGACAUCAUUAAUAUAUUACUUCCUUCAGAUGGCCUGGCGCUAACUUCCAGCAAAUAAGUUCCUCCAACAUCCAGAAGACAAUGGUCAGGGUCUUCAACUUUGCGCUACGAGAAAUGAAAAGCGGAGCAUUGUGCGCCGUUGUGGAUUAUACUCAGCAGGUAAGAGUUUUGAUACAUUUAUAGAUGAACCAUUGAUAUUUGUAAAAGUUAAUAUGUUUUACAUUAACCAAAAGUUUAUCUUUAUUGACUACUGACAAGGUUACGAGGCUUAAAAUCUCGCAAUAUUUUAUAAAAUCCGCAUUGAAAAAAGGGGUUUUACGUUUUCGAAAUGCUAUAACUAUGUCAUAAUGAGAGUUAUUGGUACAAAAUUUUGAGGAAAUGUACUUUAUUUUAUGCUCUUUAAAACAUAAUUUAUUCAUUUUAAUAAAAAAAUUAUGUAACUCUGUAAAAAGCUGUUUGCAUAUACCGUAUCUUUUCUCAAAAUUUGCAAAUUUAAUAGUCAAAAAACAAAUUGUAACAAAUACUGCAAAUACACGUAACAAUCUUAUAUUAAUACUCUAUAGUAUAUUAAUCACACCCAGACCUAGUUAAACAUGACUUACCACUUCCUUUCAGCCAAGAAUCAACACUCAGCCAGGCCGAAUGGGCACGGCCGCUGCCUGCACCACCGCAUUGGCCAGCUCUGCCCUAGCAUUUGGCCCAAAACGAAACCCCAUCCCCUCCGGCUUCAAAUCCGACCAGAAGCCGUGCCUGAAAGCCCUUGACUCCAUCGGCAACUCCAGUCUAGAGUCCUAUGCCUUGGACUCGCCCAUCCACUCACGGACUAGGACAAUGCUCUCCCGACUCUCCAUCUUCACACGACGGACUGACACCACCGACUACUGCGAAUCGCCGUUAGAGAAACCCUUUGUAUUCUGA